CCUGCCUUCGCUCGCGCCCGGCGAGUCCGCCAGACGACGGGAGAGGAGCCCAGCGCAGCCGAGCCGAGCCUGGAAAAUGGAGAUAAUUGACACCAACGUCAUUCAGCAAGAGAGACUGCAGGCUAUCGCGGAGAAGAGGAAGCGCCAAACAGAGAUUGAAAAUAAACGACGGCAGUUGGAAGACGACCGGCGCCAACUGCAGCACCUUAAGUCAAAAACGCUGCGGGAGAGAUGGCUGCUAGAAGGAGCUCCUUCAUCCACAGCCGAGGAAGGAGAUGUCAUGAAGAAGCAGAUGCAGCAGGAUGACUUGAGGACCAAGGAGCUGGAAGAGAGCAUCCAGAGGUUGGAGAGGGAGCUGGAACAAUUUGAAAAUGGAGUCUCCGCAUCUUCCACCAAAGAGACCUUGGCAGAGGAGGCUAAGGAAGAGAAACUCGCCCACUCACCAAAGACUCCUCUGGGCUCAGCCAAGCAAGCCUCCAACAGUCCUAUAAAAAUGUUGGAAAUGGGUGGCAUGAUGAAGGCAGCUAUGUACUCUGUGGAAAUCACUGUGGAAAAGGACAAAGUCACUGGGGAGACCAAGGUCCUGUCCAGCACCACUAGACUCCCCAAGGACUGCCAUGUGCAGGGGGUCAAAGUGUACGAGGACGAGAUGAAAGUGGUCCAUGCUGUCCGUGCCGAGGACGGGGCCGUUGAAAACGGCAUCCACCUACUCAGCUCUUCUGAGGUAGAUGAACUCAUCCACAAGGCAGACGAGGCGAAUCUGAGCGAAGUCUCCGAGAAGGCCAAGAGCAAUCCCCCCAGCCAGAAGGUCACACCACGGAAGGAAAUCACCGGUGUUCAGGCAAAGCCGGUGGAGAGUCCGAAGCUGAUGCCUCCAGGGAAAGGCCCCGAGCCCAGCAAGGAACAGCCAGUCACCAUGAUCUUCAUGGGCUACCAGAAUGUGGAGGACGAGAACGAGACCAAAAAAGUGCUGGGCCUCGAGGGUACAAUCAAGGCUGAGCUUGUGGUGAUUGAAGACGCAGAGAACAAGCCAACAGCGGAUCACACAGGGAAGGACCACGCCCCGCCCAACGGCAGCACUGUGGAGCCCGUGACGGCCCUCCUGCCGAAGGAAGAGACCCCGGCUGGUGAGCCAACAGCCAACGACACCGACCCCAAAGAAGCAGACAAGGAUCUCGACGUUAAAAAACAGCGUUGCAAAUGCUGUUCCGUCAUGUAAGGAGCCCGCCCUCGGCUGUACAGCCCAUCCGGACUGCCUUUCCUCAUCCCACACCCGUCACUCUCACCAGGAUACCUUGACUUCGCCUCCUCAGUCACCUUUUAAGUUAGACCAACUCCUUGAUGUUUUUAUUUUACUUAACAAGACAAGCAGUUAUAAUUAUUAUUAUUAUUUGGGAGGGGGGUUGCCUUUUUUUCUAUUUUAAAGUGACCAGGGAACUUAAUUGUGGCCUUGGUGAAAAGUGUAUAACACACAACAGUGCCGCCGGUCUGGCCGUUUUUCCUUGCCCUCACUUUUGUCUAACAUCCUUAUCCUCUCUUUCAUAAAUGGAACGGAUGCCAUACUAUAUUUAUUAGCUCAAGUCAUCCUUUGGCCCCUCUCCACAGCAAGAUGCGUCAGGAAACCUUAAACUGCCACGUGGUCAAAUUUUGUGCAGACCCACUA